UAUUUCAUAUGACGUCAAGGGAUACCAAUUUUGACAUAAUAAGUGUAAAAGACAGUAAUAAAAGUUUUGGAGAGCUCCCAAUGUACAUUUUAGUGACAUACUCUGCCAUAACGGGUUGAUAACUUUCAUCGUAACACUACAAAAUGCUUUGCGUCAAUCGCGCAAAUGACAAAGAUCGAGUUUCUGAUUGCUUACUUCAUGAUAUUAAUUGCGAAAAAGAAUGUUGCGAGAACAUACCGAGAAUCGAUCGUUGCGUGGCCUUGCUAGAAAAAUGCGAAGAACUGACAAGCGCCAAGCAAAUGGCCGAAAAGGACGAGCCUUUAUACGAAGCUUUCAAGUUGACAAACGAUAUCAGAAAGUUGAGAAACAAAAACAAGGAGAUAAAUGCUGAAUUGAAAGAAUGUUCCAAAAAGGCAAAGACGUUCACUGUUGACUUAUUGGAUAUAUGCAAGAGCGAUGAUGAAGUUGGGGCUCUUUUCGGCUAUGACCGCGUUAAUACAACCCAUGCUCACAGAGAGAAAGUUAAAGUCCUGAGGAAAGCGAUAGAAGCAGGACAUAAAGGGUUUGUUGCACAUCGUCACACUCAACAGCUGUUAUACAAGAUAGUCUACGCAGAUUUUCCAGCAAAAUCAUUUCUGUUUGGACUACCUGGUUACUUUUUGUAUUCCCUAACCUUCCCGUUGUUCGCAUUCGCGUUUCUCUUUUUUCCUAAGUGCCGCAUAUCGCAUUACAUGAAGUCGCCUUUUGGCUAUUUCCUCAGUCAUGUUUCUCAAUUUUGUGUUUUUGUCGCCUUACUGGUUCACUCGUCGUUACGAGACAGCCACGAGCCAAGUGAAACUGAAAUUUUGAUUUACGCUUUUGUUCUGACAAUGUGUUUACAAGAAGGUCUUAAAAUGCUGCAAAGCAAGGAAGACUGCCGCUCCUAUUUCAAGAAAUGGUGGAACUGGGUCCUCAUAGUAAUGUUGUGCGGCUUCCUUAUCUCCGGAUUGUUCUGGUUAAUUGGUUCAUCAGCAAUUGGGGGAUGGGCAGCAAGAAAUCUCAAGUCAUCCAUGAAUAUUGCAGGCCAUAAUAUUCUACUAACUGCCAACGGCAUUUUCUCAAUCUCCGCAGUAAUAAGCAUUGUUUAUUUGGGUAGCUUGGCUCAAGUGAACGCCGUUUUUGGACCGUUACAGCUUUCAACAUUACGUAUGGCGAAAGACAUUUUAAAAUUUCUGACGAUUUUCUUGGGAAUUUUUUUUGCGUUUACACUCGGUGUGCGAAAUCUUUACUCGUAUAAUCACAGUUUGGAAGAUGCGUACCUUGACAACAACAGUACGGCAUACCGAGAAGAAGCCGUGCUUGGAAGGUUCGGGAAUGCUUGGCGUGUGAUGUUUUGGGCAUUGUUUGACCAAACCAAUAUUGAAAAAUUCGACUCGACUCAUCCAAAGUUUGAAAUCACAAGUGAAGUUGGUAAGGUUUUGUUCGCGAUAUACCUCAUCAUUGCGGUUCUUGUUGGGAUCAAUAUGCUCAUCGCGAUGAUGAACAACUCAUUCGAAUACGUUGCGAAUGAUAAAGAUGAUAUGAAAUGGAAGAUGAGUAGAGCGGCUAUGUGGUUAGAAUUCACAUACAAGGAAGAUGAUAGCGAGUAUUGGCUACCUCCACCGUACAAUAUUCUCCAGCUUCCAUUUAUCAUUUUCAAAAAAUACUGUAGGAAUAAUGAGGAACAAAAGCAGAUACCAGAAAGAAUAGAACUGAAUCAGAACUUUGAAAGCCGUAAAGACAGACUGAAGAAAAUUAUUAACCGUUACCUUGCAAAGAAUACGCUUGAGCUUAAUGAAAAGGAAGAACGGGACCGCUUUGAAGAAUAUCUAAAACUAAAGAGGGAACAACAAACAAUUUUAUACGAGUCUAAUGUCUGAGAAACUCGCCCCUAUGUGGGUGAAACAAACUAGAUGUUUCGUCAGCGACUCAGCGCUGCAUUUAGUUCUGGAACAGAUAGUAUAGUGCGAAGAUAGUAUAAAAAUAUGUACAAAGCCUGCUAUUGCAUGUGUAUAUCCUAAUUUUCUUUAGUGAGUAGACGACUAAAGCAUAACUUUCGUCUGUGCAAAAAUUAAAAAAAUUAACUAAAUGUUUUAUAAUGAUAAUUGGUCUAAAACGAAAUCUCUCCUUGCUUUUUUAUAAACAACUAUUGGAUGAGGUUUUUGUGAUAUGCAGAGUUAUCAAGCCGAAGGCAUAUCAUUCUGCAUAUCACAAAAACCGAAUUCAAUAAUACAGUUUCUUUUAAAGAGCAACCCAUUGUGUUUUUGAUAAAUGCUUCCUGAUGAU